CUGAACAGACGGGGGCUUCAUCAGACCUGAUCAGACGUGGGCUUUUCAUCAGACCUGAUCAGACGUGGGCUUUUCAUCAGACCUGAUCAGACGUGGGCUUCAUCAGACCUGACUUCAGACCUGAUCAGACGUGGGCUUUUCAUCAGACCUGAUCAGACGUGGGCUUCAUCAGACCUGACUUCAGACCUGAACAGACGGGGGCUUCAGGACCAUCAUGGGCAGGACCACCAUCUUCUGGUUUCUCCUCCUCCUCUCUCUCUCUGUUCCGAGCGUCUCCAGCAUCAAGACCCUGAGUUCAAUUAGGGAACUAGCAGACAACAACAUUGAGUUUGGCAAGACGUUCCCCGGACAUGGCUUAAAGCUGCUGUACUGGCUGGCUCACAACAUACAGAUCGAUCAGAACAAUGUCAUUGACCUUGGAGAUAUUGACCCAUCUCAGGGGGAUUAUGGCUUCCAUUGCUUCGGUAAAUAUGAAAGACUUCUCCCCCGUGAACCUAAUGUUGACUAUUAUGCUCUCGGAGACCUCAAUACCAAUGUUCACUCUGGCAGCCGUCAGUUGAGUAGUUACGUCACAGAGGACUUCUACAACGUCCAGAGUAAUCCACACAAUAACAUAGACAGAAUUAUUGUCCGGAGCGACAGGAACAGCCAGAGAAGAGUGUGGAGAGUUUACCUCACCCUUCAUUACGAUCCGGGCCACACCUGGGAGAUCAGCCCCCGGAUGCUGACGGAGAUUCAGAACUUCCCAACACUGGGGGCGUUCCUCACGCAGGCUCACUAUGACUUCAACAGCAGAAACAGAAACUAUCAACAGAUCCUCCAUUGCAUCAGGAGGGAUGAGCUGCGUCGGCGUCGGCGGUCGCUUCCUGAGUGUGACACACACGAGGGCCUGAGGCUGGACGUGGGGUCCGAUGACACGACUAAGGCCAGGAUCACCUGGAGUGGCAUUCCCAAAACCAUUCUGACCAAAAACCUGGUCCUGACGGUCUAUACCAACAUGGCCAGCUCUACGGCACUGGAGAGCUACGGUGUGGGACAGCAGCAGUCUGGAUCCAUAGACACCAGCGUGCGUCUGCAUCCCGGGCUGCAGGUCCGACUGAUGGAAAAAACAGAGUCGUCCCAGCCUGACAAAAAGAUCUGGGCCAGCCCUGAGUUUGAUGAGGGUAACAGGAAGUUGCCAUCUAAAGUGGUUGGCUAUGAUGCCAGUCUGCAGCUGUUUGUUGAACAAGGCAAAGCCUGCGUCCGCCUCUACAUCAAGAAGAGCUUCACUGAUUGGAAGAAUAAAUUCUCCCAUUCAUGGGUGGGGAUCUACAAGAGUAGUGAUGAGGAGCACAACAGCUACGAAACAUGGCAAUGGGCCACCUACUUCAAUGAGAACCAGAACAGACACACAGAGGGAUACCUUGCAUACGAGUAUGAGUCUGGAUUAGACAUCCACCAUGAUGUUGAGGCUCGCUUCUUCCUCGAAAAGGCCUCCUCCAGUGUGAAAGCCCACACACAGCCCUGGGCCAACGAGGUCAUCAAGAAGUCUAUGGAUGUGGUUGGCUAUGGUGCCAGUCUGCAGCUCUUUGCAAAGAGGGGCAAAGCCUGUGCUCGCCUCAACAUCCAGAAGAACUUCACUGAUUGGAAGAAUGCAUUCUACUAUUCAUGGGUGGGGAUUUACAACCUUACGGAUGAUGGACACAGCCGCUAUAAAGCCUACCAGUGGGUCACUAACCUGAAAGAAAAUCCUAACAAACACGCAGAGACGAUCCUGGCAUACGAGUAUGAGUCUGGAUUAGACGUAAAGCCCGGUGUCCAGGUUCGCUUGUUCCUUGAAACGGCCUACACCAGCGUAUUGGCCCACACAGUGCCCUGGGGGCAGGAGGCCAUCAGAAAGAUUCAGGACAACGUGAAGGGUUAUGAUGCCAGUCUGCAGCUGAUGGCGAUCGGAGGCACGGUCUCGGCCCGUCUCUACAUCAAAAAGAGCUUCACUGACUGGGAGGAUAAAUUCACCAAUGCAUGGGUGGGGUUCUACAGCAGUAGAACUGCCCGGAGCAUCAGCUAUGACACUUGGCAAUGGGUGACCAAGUUUAAUAGAAAUGAGGACAAAUACACAGAGGAGUACAUGGCUUAUGAUUAUCACUCUAACAUGGACGUCUGCCAUGGGGUGGAGGCUCGCUUUUUCCUGAGUGAGGACUCCUCCCAAAAGAGAUGCGUAGUGUUUCGGGGGCCUCUGCGUAGUGUUUCAGGGGGCCCUGCGUAGUGUUUCAGGGGGCCCUGCGUAGUGUUUCAGGGGGCCCUGCGUAGUGUUUCAGGGGGCCCUGCGUAGUGUUUCGGGGGCCCCUGCGUAGUGUUUCAGGGGGGCCCUGCGUAGUGUUUCGGGGGCCCCUGCGUAGUGUUUCAGGGGGCCCUGCGUAGUGUUUCGGGGGCCCCUGCGUAGUGUUUCAGGGGGGCCCUGCGUAGUGUUUCGGGGGCCCCUGCGUAAUGGAUGGAUGAAAGACCCAGAACUGGUGAAGUGUCCCGAGCUGUUAAGCACUCUGCAGGUCUCAGCUUCCUUGCUUCCUUCUGAGAGCACAUGUGAGUCACGGGCUCCAGAAUCAGAUUUAUCUGUUUGAAUUCUGCACAGGCUUAGCAGCAAUAAUAUGGAAGUAGUUUGCAUGUCAUAUUUGUACCUUUCUCUAAUCAGAUCCCUAUCAAAUAAUCAUCAAAAAAUAAGUUUGACUUGUGUUGGAAUAUGUGCAAAAACAUAUACUGAACUAAAUACUACCAAAUAAAUCUAACAUGUGUGA